GUAAAAGUGUUAAUUUGUCUUAUAGAUAUAGAAAUAAACACAAUUAAUAAAAACAGUUUGAAAAUAUGGUGCAUAUUUUUCUAUUCAAUAGUACUCGCGAACAGCAUUCAAUGGCUGUGAAGCAAUUUAUUGAUCUCUGCAACAAUACAGUCCGACGUAACAUAUCACAUACUACUGCCGUUAAAUUCCUUCAUGCCCGCAAAUUUGAUGUUCCACGUGCUGUCUCACUUUAUGAACAGCACGAACAGAUACGCCUCAAGGAAUGCUUAUACAAUAUUGAUCCGGAUGUGGAGCCAUUACGUUCUGAGCUGCAAACAGGCAAAUUCACAAUUUUGUCUGCCCGUGAUUCCAGUGGUGCAGCUAUUGCACUCUUCACAGCUAACAAACAUAGUCCCUUAAGCGUCACACACACUACCACAUUGCAAGGCAUUGUGUAUCAAUUGGAUUGUGCACUGCAAGAUACAGAAACACAGAAAUCGGGUCUGAUAUUUAUAUACGAUAUGAGCGGCUCAAAAUAUUCAAAUUUCGACUAUGACUUAUCACAAAAAAUUUUAACUCUAUUAAAGGGUGGUUAUCCAGCACGGCUGAAAAAAGUUUUAAUUGUGACAGCGCCUUUAUGGUUUAAAGCUCCUUUCAAAAUUCUACGACUUUUCGUGCGUGAAAAACUCCGUGAACGUGUCUUUACUGUUUCUGUGCCCACGUUGAGUUUGCAUAUACCACGCAAGGCAUUGCCUAUUCAUCUGGGCGGUACGCAAGAUAUAGAUCACGCCACAUGGUUGCUAUAUUGUCGCAAAUCGAUGACGAAUCGUGAAGACGAACUACUUGCCAAUAUUGGGCAACCGGCAAUAAAUUGCAACAGUGUCAGUGACUUUUCUGGCGAUAUCAUAACAAUAAAUAAUCACAUCACAAUUGGUACACCGAUAGUUGGUACAGAGCAAACAACGAAUGGUGAUUGCAUACAUUUAGGCACAGAGCUCAACGAAAAUAUAACAGUCAACGGUGUAAGCAAUAGUGUUACAUCACCCACAUCACCUAUCAAUAAUAAAAGCUCUUCAACAAUCGCUACCGGCACAACGCUAGUUGCUUCUUCAGCACAAUCAACUCCAUUAACAAACGGUGUUUGUAGAGGUUCUUCGACAGGUUUAACAGAAUUCUGGUCGGAGAACCCCCCCAGUAGUGCUUCUUCGGGUUUUAGUGAUGACGACAGUCUGGCGGGGCAGGAAGGAGAUCCAAAAACAAUUGAACAAAUUGUUCAUUUGGUUAAAGAACGAGGACGCGAUGGUCUAUUUAGGGAAUAUGUAGAGAUCAAAAGUCGAGCACCUGAAGGCACAUUUGUGCAUGCAAGAAUGCGGAAUAAUUUGGCCAAAAAUCGUUAUACAGAUGUACUGUGCUAUGACCACAGUAGAGUGGUGCUCUCCCGUGAAGAUGGCGAUGAUUCCGACUAUAUAAAUGCUAAUUUCGUAGAUGGCUAUAAACAAAAAAAUGCUUACAUUUCAACUCAAGGUCCUUUACCAAAGACAUCCCAGGACUUUUGGCGUAUGGUCUGGGAACAACAUUGCUUAGUUAUAGUUAUGACAACACGUGUAAUGGAACGGGGACGCGUCAAAUGUGGUCAGUACUGGGAACCGACUGAGAAUAGUUCCUUAGAAUUUGGAAAUUUUCAUGUGCGAACAAUUAGUAUAGAAUCCAAUGAAGAAUAUACACUAUCUUCAUUAGAAUUGAAAAAUAUUAAGACUGAAGAAGUACGAAAUAUCUCACAUUGGCAAUUUACAAGUUGGCCUGACUACGGUGUUCCCAGCUCAGCGAUGGCUAUGUUAAAUUUCUUGCAAAAAGUACGUGAUAAGCAAGCGCAAAUGGUCAAAGCUUUGGGUGAUACAUGGGCUGGACAUACUCGCGGUCCACCAAUUGUUGUGCAUUGUAGUGCAGGCAUUGGAAGAACAGGAACGUUUAUUACUUUAGAUAUAUGCAUAUCGCGCUUGGAGGAUGUGGGUACGGCUGAUAUACGUGGUACAGUGGAAAAGAUUCGUUCUCAGCGAGCAUUUUCAAUACAAAUGCCAGAUCAAUAUGUGUUUUGUCAUUUAGCGUUAAUUGAAUAUGCAGUCUCCCGCGGUAUGUUAAAAUCUGUCGACUUAGAGGGAUUUGAGGAACGAGAAGACGAUUCUGAUUAAGUAAAGAUACUGUUAUUUCAGUCAUUUUCAUGAACUUUGGUUAUAACUUACAAUUUAUAGAAUCUAAAAGCAUUGUUGAAAUGUAUUAGAUAUUUAAAAAAAUCAGACCAUAUAACCAUAUUUGGAUAUACAUAACUAUUUAGUAGCUUAUUUAAGUAUUUUAGUAAAGUGAAAAAA